UGAGGUACCUGCGAAGACUACAAAGAAAACUGCUGCGGUGAAAAGCACAGAGGUGCGCAAUCUGCCUUGGAAAGCCAGCGAUGAUGCGGCAACGGAGGAUGCUGAGCCCUCUACUGAGCCUUCCAGGAAGAAGGCUUCCACACCGAAAAGUGCAAAGGUGCACACUCUUCCAUGGCUACCCCGCAAUGAUGCAGCUUCGGAUGCCGAAUCAUCGGGCAAACCUGCGAAGAAGAAGGCGCCGAGUACGAAAGGGAAAAAGGCACAGCAAGAUAGUAGCGCCGCCGAAGAUGCCAACGCGGCAGCCUCAGAUGUUGCAGAACUGCCUGUCAAAUCCCCAAAAAAGAAACCUUCUUCCGCCAAAAGCAAGGAAAAGCCGUCAACGCCGCGGAAGAAAUCACCACGCAAACAAGCGGCGCAAACGGACUGGAUGCACAUUGACGAGAUCGAAGACUCGGAGGACCCAAUGACGCCGUCUCCGCCCCGUCGUCGAAAAAGAUCUGCCAGCCCGCCCCGACAGACCCUCACGCUGUCUCAAGCAGCUCAAGACGACACGGCAAAGUCCGCAACUGAUCCGCUUCGCACAGCAACCACGCUCGACAGUGCUGGCGAAACGACCAAAGCAGCCGCCAAAACAAAAGACGCGGCAACAAGGCAGCACACGCCCGAAGUGCUGGCAGCGCUGUUCCCGCAGAUCACGCAGGCGAUCAAAGAGGAGCCAAGGAGUCAGAACCACGGCAAGCUCAGCUGGCACGAGCACAUCCUGCUGUACGACCCCAUCGUUCUAGAAGACCUUCAGGAGUGGCUGCACGCCAAGGGACUCCGCAUGCGCGUCCCCGUCAGCGUAGUAGAGGGGCAAGCGCGAGGGGGCAAAGCGGUCGCGAAGCCAAAGGCUAAGAAGAGCACGAAAGCGAAAGCGAAAGCGAAAGCCAAGCCGAAGGCGAAAGGGGGGAGGGGCAAGAAAAAGAAGAACGAUGGCGACGCGGUCACGGACGCGGAGACGGACUCGGAUGGGAGCGCUGGCUCGGGUGCGGACACGGACGCGGACUCGGACGUGCAGGAUGUGCUGCUGGGUGGUGAAGCGGCAAGGGAGCAGCAGCAGCAGCAGCCGGGCGUGCUGGUGGCGUUGGAUCCGUGGGUCGUGCAGCGCUGGUGCGAUGCUAAUAGCGUGUGCUGCACUUUCAGGGAGUCGAGGAAUGCUCGCAAGACGCGGUAAUGGGAGGGUUUUUUGGGGUGGGAGUUUGUGCGAGGGGGUGGAUGGGUUUGUGGGGUUUUGCAUAGGUAGGGGCGUGGGGUUGGGGGUUGCGGAGUUGGUUAUGGCAUGCGUGGGUGGCGGCGGUUUGGAAAGCGAAGCGAGCUGUGGCUUCUGGGGUUCGCGGUGGGUUUGCAUAGCAGAUGGCAUACAUACACACAUGAGCAGCAAGACGAUUACUACAGUCCAAUCAGCCAAAUCACUCGGCAUUGCUUGACAUUGGAGGUAGUUUUCAAGGAAAAGGGGUUUGUUUGUACAUGUCAUAACGUUCCCAACUACAUACAUUCAUCGUUAUCCAACAAACCAAGAAACGCC